AUGGAGAUCUCUGUUUCUACUGUUUUUACAAAUAUUUUGUAUGGAGAGCACACAGGACUCCCAUUGAUGAGUUCAUAUUUUGCCAAAGGUGAUCCCAGGGAUCUUACCUAUGCACUACUUGUGAGCAAAUAUUUAGUUGGCCAGUUUUCUUCAUUAUUUGAGAUGUCUGGUUCACUUACUCAUGUUUGGUUCUCUUCUGACAACGUCCAAGACAUACAUUCAAUCCUGGGAGGUAUAGAAGCGACCUCAAAAAAGACGUACAAUCUUUGUGUGAGGCCACAGACACAAAUAGUACUCUGCUUUAUAAUGCAACUAGGGAAUUAUAACGACUGGUCCCUUUAGUCAAUCUUAUAUUUUGAAAGAACUCCAGAUUGCCCUGAAUAAUGUAUUUGCAUCAUCAGAUUAUCUCAGUUGUCCAUGUCAAGUUGUAAAAUACACUAGCAAACAUGCCCUGCCAUGUAAUUAUCGCUUUCAAAGAGCAAAACAACUCAGUACAGCAGAUU